CGGGCCCUAACAUUUCUUAGCAUUUUUAGCUGAAAUACCCCAAAAAACCGUUACAAGAGUAUUCUUUCCUCUCCCACCUGACAUUUUUAGCACAGUGCGGUGCUGCGGUGGCUAACAGAGGCUUUCGCCAAUCGCCACCCUAUCUUUGCUUUUAUGGAGCAGCGGCUUGCGUUUCUCCCGAGGCGAGGCCGACGGAAGAAGCAAACCAAAGUAAAGUGCACUUUUUUCCUUCUCUCUUUGCUGAAAAAGCAAACCAAACUCGAUGACGAAGAGGGCUUUAUUUGCUGGACAAGCCCUCUUUCACAAAAGGAGAAGAAGAAAGACAUUUGACAGAGACAAUUUGUUAGACGAACAAACCAAAAUCUCGAGCGGGCAUUGAAGUUAAUUUGAAUUAAAGGCGGCGUACCAUCACAUCCAAUUCUUUACUUGCUGGAUGAGAAUCCAAAAGCUAAUAAAGCUCCUCACUCACUUGCCUCGCAAUUCUCCAAAGUAAAUCCUCCACUGCCCUCUUCCGUGUAUAUAUACGCACUUGAUCCGUGAUGCAGCUGAUGUGCAUUUUCCCUUUGUUCUUCUUCCUCAAUCAGUUUCUCUGGAUUUGAAGCAGAAUAAGAGGGGCUAUAAUCGGAUAUUGUUAUUUCUGCUGGUGUUUCUCAAUCUCAAGUCAUGGCCAGUACCAGUGGUACUAAGUCGGGUAUGGGUUCCCGAAGGUUGAAUAGGGCAGGCACUAUGCUGGAUCCCGCUGUAGGAGAAGACUGGACCAACUUCAAUAGUGAGAAAGUCCCCGCCGCUAUCGAAUCCAUUGCUCCCAUCCUCCGCGCAGCAGAUGAAUUGGAGAAAGAAGAUAGUAAAAUUGCUUAUUUGUAUUUUCAUGAUCAGAAGCCAAUUUUGCAAAGGCUUCUUUUUGCCUUAAAGUUGGUGGAACUAUGAAAGAUGUAGAGCUUGAUACAAAUUUUGCACUGUUAUUGAUACUGCAAUGGGAUUUGUUCAAAUUGGGGGUUUUAAUUAAAAAAGUUUACACAGGCCGAUUUGUUGCAUUUGAGAAGGCUCAUACUUUGGAUGCGAAUUCAAUUGGACGUGGUGUUAGACAAUACAAGACUUACCUGUUAAGCUUAGUACAAAAGGGAGGGGGAGCGCCUAUACUAAUCCUAACUUCAAUUAUUAUACUCUUAAUGGCACCCAUUGGGAAAAAUAAAGCUCUUCUAAAAAAAUACCCUUAAAACUUAAACAUCAUAGCAAAAACAACCCCUCUAUACUAAAACACCCAAGUAAUAAAUGUUUGGAUAGUAAUUCCACAUAUUUUUUUUGUUAAAGUAUUUUAUUAUUACCAACAUCAUCAUCAUCAUGUGACGGCCGGGUCAUUGCUUACACUGAUAACCGAAGAAGUUGUGCCAUCUUCUAGUUGAAAGUAAAAGGGAAAAUUGUCAAUUUGGUCCUCGUACUUUCACGAAAAAGUCAAUUAGGUCCUUGUACUUUUAAAAAAAUCAAUCAAAUCCCCGAACUUUGUAAAAACGUUCAAUUGAGUACAUUUGCAGGUUACUUGUCAUGUCAUCAGGUCACCCGCUGACGUGGCGCACAUAUGGCGGUCCACGCGUACUGCGCCACGUCAUCAACAAUAAAUUUCUGUUGGCGCACAUUUGCAGGAUCAUUGAGCAGAUAUUUGACGAAGUAGAUGACAGCAUAAAAGAGAAAAAAUUUCUUAGAAGAUUCAAUUUGAAAAAGCUCCCUUUACUGAACAAUAAAUUGGAGACGUUUUUAGAUAUUAUGGUAAAUGACAGUGAAGUCCAUGGGGAUGAGACGCAGAGAAAGUCACGAUUGGUAACUCUCCUCCAGGAUGCUUUUGAAAUUUUCAUUCAGGAUGUAAUGGUUGAUGGAAAUAAAAUCAUGAAAGGAUCCCAGAAAAAAAUGAAAGGCGAGGAAAAAUUUCAGAAUAUAAACAUGAAAAUAUGUAAGACAUCUUGGUGGGAAAAGGUUGUUAGGCUCCAUUUGCUAUUGACAGUAAAGGAGUCUGCAAUGAAUGUGCCAAUGAAUUUAGAAGCGCGUCGAAGAAUGACCUUUUUUGCGAACUCUUUGUUCAUGAAAAUGCCAUCUGCCCCAGAAGUUCGAAAUAUGCUGUCUUUCAGUGUUCUAACUCCAUAUUAUAAAGAGGAAGUUAAGUAUUCUAUGGAUGAACUUAACAAGGAAAAUGAAGAUGGCAUAUCAACUCUCUUUUACCUUCAGAAGAUCUAUCCAGAUGAAUGGAAGAACUUUCAGGAUCGCAUUGACAAACUCCACCUUAAACCCGGUGAUGAGAAGGAGAUUGAAGUCAUUGAACUCACUCGGCAAUGGGUUUCCUACAGAGGCCAGACACUUUCCAGAACUGUAAGAGGAAUGAUGUACUAUAGGAAAGCUAUUGGGCUUCAGUACUUCCUUGAGAAUGUGGAUGAUAAAGAUAUAUUUGGCGGCUAUCGUCGUACAAUGGAUAUAAAUAAUCCUGAGUCUGGACUGAAUGAAGUAGAAAAGGCAUGGGCAGAUUUGAAGUUCACCUAUAUUGUCUCUUGUCAGUUGUAUGGUAGUCAGAAGAAAUCCAAGGACGCAAAAGAGCAUAAUCUUUACGCAAAUAUUCUUAAUCUCAUGUUGGAGCAUCCAUCAUUGCGUGUUGCUUAUAUAGAUGAAAAGGGAGAGACAGUUGACGAUAAAGAAGAAAAGUUUUACUACUCCGUUCUUGUCAAGGGAGGAGAUAAGUUGGAUGAGGAAAUAUAUCGAAUCAAGCUUCCUGGUCCUCCAGUAGUAAUUGGUGAAGGAAAGCCUGAAAAUCAAAAUCAUGCCAUUAUUUUCACUCGUGGAGAAGCCCUUCAGACCAUAGACAUGAAUCAGGAUAACUAUUAUGAAGAAGCAUUCAAAAUGAGAAAUGUAUUGGAGGAGUUCACGAAAACUCAUCACGGGCAACGUAGGCCAACAAUAUUAGGAUUGAGGGAGCACAUUUUUACUGGAAGUGUCUCUUCACUCGCAUGGUUCAUGUCCAAUCAGGAGACUAGUUUUGUAACUAUUGGACAGAGAGUUAUGGCAAGCCCUUUAAGGGUGAGGUUCCACUAUGGCCAUCCUGAUAUAUUUGACAGGAUCUUUCACUUGACAAGAGGUGGCAUAAGUAAAGCCUCAAAAACUAUUAACUUGAGUGAAGACAUAUUCUCAGGUUACAAUUCAACAUUACGAGGAGGGUAUGUGACACAUCAUGAAUAUAUUCAAGUGGGCAAGGGACGUGAUGUGGGGAUGAAUCAAAUAUCUCUUUUUGAAGCAAAGGUUGCAAACGGAAAUGGUGAACAAACGCUUAGCCGUGAUGUAUACAGGCUUGGACGCCGGUUUGACUUCUAUAGGAUGUUAUCAUUCUACUUCACCACCAUUGGUUUCUACUUUAGUAGCAUGGUUACUGUGUUAACCGUUUAUGUAUUUCUAUAUGGCCGUUUGUAUAUGGUCUUGAGUGGGUUGGAAAAAUGGAUUCUGGAGGAUCCUUCUGUUAGUGAGGCUAAGGCUCUCGAAGAGACUUUGGCGACCCAGUCUGUGUUUCAGCUAGGUUUAUUACUAGUAUUUCCUAUGGUAGUGGAAAUUGGAUUGGAGAGAGGAUUUCUCACUGCUAUUGGAGAUUUCAUAGUAAUGCAAUUGCAACUUGCUUCUGUUUUCUUCACGUUCCAGCUAGGAACAAAAGCGCAUUACUAUGGCAGAACUCUUCUACAUGGAGGUUCCAAGUACCGGGCUACUGGUCGAGGUUUUGUUGUUUUCCAUGCCAAGUAUGCUGAUAACUACAGACUCUACUCUCGCAGUCACUUUGUGAAGGGUCUCGAGCUGUUGAUGUUGUUAGUUGUUUAUGAAGUUUAUGGGGAAUCAUAUCGGAGUUCCAAGCUGUACUGGUUUAUAACUGUAUCGAUGUGGUUUUUAGUUGGGUCGUGGCUGUGUGCUCCUUUCGUGUUCAAUCCAUCUGGAUACGACUGGCAGAAAACGGUGGAUGAUUGGACUGACUGGAAGAGGUGGAUGGGGAACCGUGGUGGCAUUGGGAUUUCUGCUGAUAAAAGUUGGGAAUCCUGGUGGGAUGAAGAACAAGAACAUCUGAAUCACACCAGUAUAAGGGGUAGAUUGCUUGAGAUCAUCCUUUCACUUCGGUUUUUCAUUUACCAAUAUGGAGUUGUCUAUCACCUUGAUAUAGCUCAUGGAAGCAGGAGUGUACUGGUGUAUGGACUUUCUUGGUUUGUUAUGGUCACUGUUCUUCUUGUCCUUAAGAUGGUUUCAAUGGGAAGGCGGAGAUUUGGCACUGACUUUCAGCUCAUGUUCAGAAUUUUGAAGGCACUUCUAUUCCUUGGUUUUUCAUCCGUCAUGACUGUGCUUUUUGUGGUCUGUGGCCUCACUGUGAGCGAUUUAUUUGCCGCUCUUCUGGCCUUUUUGCCCACAGGCUGGGGUCUUCUACUUAUUGGACAAGCAUGCAAGCCGUGUCUAAAAUGGGUCGGAGUGUGGGACUCAGUGCGGGAGUUGGGAAGAGCAUAUGAGUGUAUCAUGGCACUUGUAAUCUUCUUGCCUACAGUCAUCUUUUCUUGGUUCCCAUUUGUUUCAGAAUUCCAGACAAGGUUGCUCUUCAAUCAAGCUUUCAGCAGAGGCCUCCAGAUUUCCAUGAUUCUUGCAGGGAGGAAAGAUGAUUUAGCCAGCAAAUAACACCCGCCCUCAAGUGCUUUCCAGAUGCAAAAAUAGAAAUAGCAAGUAUUCUUAGGCACUGUUAGGCUAAUUAUUGUUUUGUUAUUUACAUGCUUCAGCUGGAAUGCUUACAAUAGUUUAUAUUAUGCAAGUUUUUUAUUUUCGUAAUUGUGAAAUGAAUCAGUAGAAAGUUGUCAAAUUAUAAUUGGUACAUUUAGUCCUUAAACUUCAUGAAGUUCACAUUUAAGUAAUUUUGGGAAACUAAUAAAAACUACGAAAACUGC